AUGGCGCUCGUAUCAAAUAUUUCACAGCACGCCUUGGUGGAAAACUUUAUUUCUGUCUUAAUGACGAUUUCUGAACACUUAUCCAAUCAGACAAAUUUCCCAAGUCAAUCAAUUAAUCAGAAAAAUGCGACGAUCCUGAUUCUGGAGACGCUACUCAAUAUUUUACCUCCUGGCGAAUAUAAAAUCUCGUUAGAGCAGACCUAA